AUGGGGAAUCAGCCCAGUAAGCUGACCUUGGAGGAACAGAUGCGCGCUAAUAAGCGCAUGAUAAACCGGGCCGUUAGGGAGCUCGAUCGGGAGAGGAUGGGACUGCAAAGGAAUGAACAAAAAUUAAUUACCGAUAUCAAGCAAGCUGCUAAAAAGAACCAGAUGGGGCCAGUGAAGAUCAUGGCUAAGGACUUGGUCAGGACUCGUCGAUACGAGUCGAAGUUUAUGGAAAUGAAGUCACAUCUACAAGGGGUUAGCUUGAGGAUGCAGACCGUUAAAUCAACAGAGGCAAUGGCGCGGAGUAUGAAGGGCUGCACACAGGCUAUGGCUCGUAUGAACAAACAACUUAAUCUACCCCAACUGCAGAAGAUAAUGCAGGAGUUCCAGGAGGAGACUGAGAAGAUGGGCUUGACUGAAGAGGUCAUGGGUGACACUAUUGACGAUGUCCUUGGUGAAGUCGGAGAUGAGGAAGAGGAGGAGGCCAUUGUUGGCCAGGUGUUGGAAGAGAUUGGUGUUGAUAUGAACGAGGUCUUGGCUAACGCUCCAGGAUCAGCAUUACCGGCGGGUCAGAAGGCUUCAGUGGGUGUUGGCAAGAAAACUCAGCAACAGGCUGUGGCUGAGGGUGCGGCUACCGCUUCUGGUAGGACUAGUGGAAGACAGGACAAUAAGGAGAAUAACAGAGGCAACGGUGACGGUGGAGAUCCUCCUUCCCCUCCACCACCUCCAGAGAACGAUCUAGAGAGUAGACUCAAUGCAUUGAAGCGAUGACGAUCACGUGAGGGUAGCUGUGCAAUUCUGUAGAAGUUCAGGAGGAACCACUGUAACCCCUCCCAUCUAGAUUGGAGCCUUCUGAUAAUCAGCAACAAUAUUUGCAUCACCCUCAU